GCAAAUCUCCGAUUCAAAGUGCAUCUCCGCUGGCGCCUGAUGUCGCCGUGGUGGUUGCGGUCGCCCUUGCUGUUGCGCACGCCUCGCAUCUUCGCGCCGACGCCGCUCCUGUUCCCGAAGCCGCGAUCGGCCCUCAAAAAACUGCUUCACCCCUCUGUACGCCGCCCACAACAUCCCCAGCAACCCAACAAACGAUGAUGCACAACAACCAGCAGCACCACACAGCACUGCACAAGGCAAGCAGGCAGGAAGAACGGGGCCGGCAUACACGAACUCAAGGAACCUGUUGACAGCAUCGGAACUGGGCGUGGGCAGCGCGAAACCGUGCUGUCUCUCGCUUCAGAUACUGUCAUCACUGACGACUGUUCAACGUUGAAGCUUAGCCUGCGCUCUGCCGCCAUGAGUUGAAGGUGACAUCUGCACUCCUCUGCAGCUCCCUGCUGCCAACGUUGCUGGCAACUUCGCUGCCGUUUGAAGCAGCCGUGUGUUGAGCAGAGCCGUCCCCAAUCUUAACCUGACAAUCACCCGAUCUUUUUUCGGUUGCACCAACCGACACUUCCGUUGGAGUCGUUGCUGCGCACGCCGCCAUGCGCUCUGACGCGCGUGCUGCAAAAGCGUCAUUUUCCACCGACCCCCAGUCUCUCAAAGACCAAGCAAGAAACAAGAAGCAAGAAGCAAGAAGCAAGAAGCAAGACAGCUGUGCCCCUGCACUCCAGAUUGCGUCUUCUGCUCCGUAUCCCCCAAUACGGAACACAUUCACACACACACACACAUACACACAUACACACGCACGGACAACGCCUGUCGUCCGCCUGUCUCGCGCCAGUGGACGUCUCCACACACGGCUGCCAUCCGGACCACAACAGCUGCGUCCCCGCCGCGAGAUCUGCACCUUCACAUCCAUCCCUCCAUAUACAUCCCUUCACAUCCUCGCCAUCUUCGUCUUCGUCGUCGUCUUCGUCUUCAUCUUCGUCGCCAGCUCUCUGGACGGGCGCAUCGCUCGACGGCCCCCUCGACUCCGCUGCCCGCAACCGCCAUGUCUCACCGCGCUGGCAACCUCACUGCUACCGGCGACACCACUGCACCGCGCGCCUCCAACGCCUCUUUCCUGGCGCGUUCAAGCCCUGAUCACCGCGGCCAUCGCUCGCCCUUCCUCACCAUCGUCUCUUCCUCCUCCUCCUCGUCAUCGUCGGCGUCAUCGUCAUCAGUCCGCAGGAUGGACGGCAUGUCUGCCGGGACAGUGCGCCCACACCCGUUGAUCACCACGGAACGCACCCUCACCGCGACCAACACGAGCUACUUCCUCAUGGUGGGCGAGCGUGUGGACGGCGCAAUCAGCCUCAACCACCUCGCCGAUGGUCGCAUGCACCGGCUGCGUCCGGGCUCGAUGCUCCUUCAGCCCUUUGGCGACCUGUACCAUCUCGACGAGUCUGACGAAGGAAACCAUCUGCGUCGCGUUCGCCGCAUGCCGCCAGACUUUCACAACGUCGCCCUGUGCUCCAAGACGCCUGCAGCGCGUGGGCACCGCGUGUCCACCACGCUGCCGCUCGCCUGUGACGGGCGGGUGUAUUGCGUGGAAGACACCAGCCACGUGGUUUGCAUCGAACACGGUAGCCGCAAUGCCUUCUUCCUUCCCCUCGAUGCGGACCUCGACGCCAUCGCCAGGGACUGCGCACUCUUUCUGCCCGUGAUGGAGGAAGGCCCGCUCCUGCGCUACAGCGACCUCGACACCAUCCGUCGCGUGCGGGAGCGGGGUGACCUGCUCGGCUUCGAGGACCUGCCGCAGCUGUUUGUCGAGUUUGACAGAUACGUCGACCACAGCUCCGCGUAUCUGCUUGACGAGGCUGUGAACCGCCUCGAACGCCAGCGCCAACAGGAACAGCAGCAGCACCAGCACCAACAGGAACAACAGCAGCAGCGCCAACAGUACCAAGCCCCCACCACGCCAGCUGUUGCUCAACAGUACCAAGCCCCCACCACACCAGCUGUUGCUCAGCAGUACCAAGCCCCCACCACACCAGCUGUUGCUCAACAGUACCAAGCCCCCACCACGCCAGCUGUUGCUCAGCAGUACCAAGCCCCCACCACGCCAGCUGUUGCUCAGCAGUACCAAGCCCCCACCACACCAGCUGUUGCUCAACAGUACCAAGCCCCCACCACACCAGCUGUUGCUCAGCAGUACCAAGCCCCCACCACGCCAGCUGUUGCUCAGCAGUACCAAGCCCCCACCACACCAGCUGUUGCUCAACAGUACCAAGCCCCCACCACACCAGCUGUUGCUCAACAGUACCAAGCCCCCACCACACCAGCUGUUGCUCAGCAGUACCAAGCCCCCACCACGCCAGCUGUUGCUCAACAGUACCAAGCUCCCACCACGCCAGCUGUUGCUCAACAGUACCAAGCCCCCACCACACCAGCUGUUGCUCAACAGUACCAAGCCCCCACCACACCAGCUGUUGCUCAACAGUACCAAGCCCCCACCACACCAGCUGUUGCUCAACAGUACCAAGCCCCCACCACGCCAGCUGUUGCUCAACAGUACCAAGCCCCCACCACACCAGCUGUUGCUCAACAGUACCAAGCCCCCACCACACCAGCUGUUGCUCAACAGUACCAAGCCCCCACCACACCAGCUGUUGCUCAACAGUACCAAGCUCCCACCACGCCAGCUGUUGCUACAACAGUGCCCAAGCACACCCAGCUGCAGGUGCCACAGCACCAUCUGACCAACAACCUCGCCAGCGAGUGCGACACGAGCCAAUACGGAAGGCGCCGUGUACCGCAUCAUGGCCCACAUGGCACUGCCGCCUGGCCCGUGUGA